AUGAGCGUCCUGAUAGAAACCACAGUGGGAGAGAUUGUCGUCGACUUGGACUUCGAACACUUCAAGAUUGAAUCAUACAACUUCCUUAAGCUUUGCAAGUGCAAAUUGUACGAGUACCAAUGCCUUUACAACAUCAGGAAGAAUCAGACUGUUGAGUUUGGUGAUCCACUAAUCGGCUUUGGAGAUAGAAAAGAACUCCGAGUCCAUAAUACUUCCAUUGAAGGGAUUCUCCGACCAAACAGCGACGGUGAAGUAAAGGCGCUGUUGAUCAAACCCAGUAGAGAAGAUAACCUUCCGAUUCAAGCACAAAAGGGGAGUCUCGGGGCUGUUAUAAAACCUGGUGAUCCACUCAAUCUAAUUGGAUCUAGAAUGGUAAUUACCCUUAACGAGGAACCGCGGGAGCUCGAGAACAUCGUAUUCUUCGGUAAUGUCGUUAAGGAAAGCUUCCCAAUUUUGGAUCGAAUCAAUGCUGCAGUAGCUGACAGGUCGGGACGGCCGCUAAUUGACAUCAGAAUUCGCAAAAUGCAUCUCAUUCAUGACCCGUUCCCGGACCCACCCAACUUCCGGACACUAGACGUCUCUCAGCCAUUCGAAGACGUCCGCUUACCUGACGACCUUCAGUUGGCAUUCUGCCAGGAUUCUCUGCAACAGGAAAUCCACAUUGAUAUCAGGAGAAAGGAACUGUCUCUGGAAAUAAUGGGUGAUUUACCGGGAGUCGGACUAAAGCCAUCCGAUAAAGUGCUAUUCGUAUGUAAACUCAAUCCGUUGACAAGAGCAAAGGAUAUAGCAACGAUAUUUCAGCGCUUUGGCUACGUUAAGUCUGUGGAAAUUGUCAGAGACAAGGAGAGCGGUCGUUCGCUCGGUUAUGGUUUCAUAGAGUUCGAUAGCAAGAAAUCUUGCGAUUCUGCAUACAAGAGCAUGGACGGCGUCCUGAUCGAUGAUAGAAGAAUACAUGUAGACUUCAGCCAGUCUCUCAAAAAAAGUCAAGUGCGUUAA